CUUAUCCAUUUUGGAAUUUUUUCAUUUCCAUAUGCGUCUUUGCAAUUUUGAACCAAAAAACUUGCCUAAUAGGCUCCGGAACUCCAAAAUAUUUUAUUUGAUUCCCUAUUGCCCUUUUUUGUUCUUUUCUUUCCUUCCUCAAUGAUCAAGAAAGAUGGAAUGCUCAUCUUUGUACAGCAACACUUCUGUAAUUGGAACUUCAGCUAUCUUUCCAAGAACCCCUGAGAAUAUUAACCGCCACACUUUUCCAUCAACUUGUUCUUUUCCUAAAAGCCCCUCUGCUACCCUUUCUUCUUCUACUACAGUGAAGUGUUAUGGCUUGAAUUAUGGGGAUGAAGAACCCCUUUCUACUUCUUUGGCAUAUGAUGUUCUUGGUGUUGCUCCUAAUUGUUCUGCAGAUGAGCUGAAAUCUGCUUUCAGGAAUAAGGUUAAGAAGUGUCAUCCUGAUGUAAGGAGAGAUGGGAAUAGUUCAGAUAAAAUGAUUCGUCGAGUCAUUCAAGCCUAUGAGAUGUUGUCCAACUUGACGAAGUCAGAGAUAAUUGAAAGGGAAUGCUUAGACCCAUUUGAUCAGCCAGAAUGUGAAGCAUUUGAUCUCUUUGUUAAUGAGACUAUUUGUAUUGGAAAAGGUUGCCCAUUUUCAUGUGUUAAGAACGCACCUCAUGCAUUCACUUUUUCCUCAUUAACAGGAACUGCGCGAGCAACUUCUCAAGGACAUGGUGACGAUUAUCAAGUGCAGCUUGCAGCUGGUCAAUGCCCGAGGAGUUGCAUACAUUAUGUUACACCUUCUCAAAGAAUGGUUCUUCAAGAGCUACUUGGCAGCAUCAUGAACGCACCUUAUGAUACAUCAGCAGAAGCAGAUUUGCUUUAUUCUCUGAUUGUAAAAGCCCGUUUUGAGAACAAUCGCUACGGGAAGCCCAAGAAGCAACCUAAGGCCUCAGGCAAACAUGUAGACUGGUUCUAACUCUUGAAACUCCUCCUAGGGAAACACCUUGCGUUCCCGACUUUGCAUGUGAGGCUUGAUGAAGACUUGCAUCACUAUGUGUUUCCUCGUGGAUUGAUUGAUUGUCAAUUGUUUCUUCAUCUGGGCAUGAAGUGUUUGGUGAGUCUCCGCCUGCUGAAAAGUAGGCCUUGGAAGUUAAACGUAGACUACUACUCCUUCAAAGGCUGAAGUUAUCACAUGGAUGAUAGGGAAAUGUUAUUUGAGUCACAGACUGUCAACCUUAUGCUAUGUUACCGAAAUCCUUAAAAAUGGUCUCUGCAGUAUAUGAGAUACUGUGGAUAUGCACCACACGUGUUGGGAAAAGCAGCUGAAUAUUGGGUGAUAUGAGAUUGAUGUAAAUAUGGAAAAGUAUGGAUUGAAUAAUAAUUAUUUUUAUCAAUUUAUUUUAAUUGUUGAA